AAGGGGGUCGGAAGCGGAAGUGGGCGGUGCGUCCUGCGCUCCCCGGGCGGCCAUGUUGGAGCGGCGGUCGUAGGGCAACGGCGGGCGCGGGUCUGGCGGCGGCCGGUGUCAAGGGUUGUUUUUACAGUCAUUUGGACCUUUUUGAAGUGCCCACUUGCCUAAUGCCAUGAAUAUUGCAGUGAACAAUGUGGAAGAAAAAGCUGUCCAUUCCUGGUCGAGAAUUUCCUCUGCGGGACAGAAAGUGCUGGAGGAAGCCCUCCGAGUCUUCAACCCAAUGUCCAAGGACCUUUCAGACACAGAGACUCAGCUGGUGGCCUUCAUUCAGGGCCUGAAGGAGGAGGGCUACCAGCCCACAAUUCUGAGGAGUAAGGAUGUGUAUGGGUACAGCUCGUGCACAGCAGACAUACCAAGCCACACAAAAGAGAGCACUCCUCACAACUGUGCCAAGGCCAGCGACUCUGCUAAGGGUCCAGCCAGAAAUGCCGCAGCUGUGGCAGAAGUGUCUGCUUCGCUGAGCAGUGUUUCAGUGAACACUUUGAAAGUCUCUGCUCAGCCCAUCUCUAAAGGGAAUUCCACAAACCUCCUUCUGAGCUCCUUGAAGCAGACAAGAUCUGGCACGUCCAAGGCUGCAGCAGUGGGCUUCCCUACAAGCAUGUAUCCUGAUGUGUAUCCAGCCAUGAGACUGUCAGUGGUUCUGGAAGCUCUGGUGCCGCUGAAAACUGCCGCGUCCUGUUUGGAGUCCAAGUACACACAAGGGCAUCUUGGAAUCUUGCCCUCGGACCUUAAACUCCUCAAGGCUUCGGGUCCACUGAGGCGAUUUUCUUCAGGCAAGACCACUAAAAUAACAGAAGGUAAGGGGUACAAGCGUUUGAUAAAGAAAGCACCAGAUUCUUCCACCCUCGCUUUAAAGCUUCUGAAGGGGCCAAAGGGUGGAGUGCUACAGGAGAGCAAUGCUUGCAAAGCCUCGGGAGUUCUCAAUGGGAGGGUCACGGGCAGCUUGUCCCAGGGCUGCACCACAGCAUCGCAGUCCAAGACCCUGAAAAUCAGAGGUAAGGAAGCUUUGGUGGGGAAAAUAGAUUGGAAAGACAGCAGCACUCACCGAGAGAGUGUUGGGCAGAAGAAAAGAAGAGCUGCAGAGGCAAGAGAAGCACCACAGAGGAAGAAAGCAAAUACCAUUCCUAUCCGAAAUAAAUCACAGCGGGCUCCAAGCACUUUAAGCCUGCUGAAAUUCCGGGCCAUCAAGGUGGGCAACUCUUCCUCUGAUGAUGAAGUGAGGAGGAGAGCACAGAAGAUUCUUAGGGUCAAUCUGUCCCCUGUAAUCCGAAUUCAGCCCUUGUCCCACUCUCAUAGCAUCCCCUGAGUUUCUUCACUUUGUCACUUUUUUUGUAAGUAAGUAAAUACGAGCCCGGCACCAGAGUGUGGAGGAGCUUGAGAGUGACUCUGGAUCUCUGCUGCCUGGUGAUGAUGUGUCGACUAACCUGCAGACAGAGCAGCCUGCACUCAUGCUGUUUCUGCCUGCCUACCACUGCUAUGCAGAACUGACUGCAGAAAUACGAAAACCUGUUCAGGAAUGCGGGACGGUGACUCUCACCUGCGGCGAGCCAAGCAGGUUGGAGAGCUCGCUUCCCACAGGUGCUCUUCUGAACGUGGCAGGCUGCGCUGUCAUGCAGGGAGAGAACAUGGGACUUUCUCACGACAUUGAUGCACUGUGAUACUGCUCUUUUUCAAGCUGUACAUGUACUGGUUUUAUUUUGAGCAAAUUUUAUAACUUUAUUACCUAUAUAUCUAUAUAUCCAUAUGUGUGCAUAUGGCCCAGGAACUGUGGGAAGAUGCACUUCCUCCAUCCAUCUGGGAUUGGGUUUGAUAGCUUUUGUUCCCCCUCCCCUUCAGCCACUCUUUUGUGGCACGGUGCCAGGAUUUCUUUGUGAUUCAGUGUUGUGACAGUCUGUUCUGGGCUCUCUUGAGAAGUUCACAGGCAGGCGGAGUUAUAGUCGCUUGUUUGUCUCCAGAAAUGCCAAGCAAUUUGGAGAAUUACCAGCUGAUAGUUGACUAUUGUUUCAAUCAUAUUACCUCGGCGUGGGAGUGGAGGAGUGUUAUGGGGUUGUUGCCUGCAAGUCCACCUGACGUCUCUAGGUGCCUCCUCUGUUUGUUGGUAGCACAAGCUCUAAACUCGUGGUAGAGGUUUGCCUCCAAAGAGUGAUUCCUCUUCAGCACCCGGUGUUGCUCCACUGCAACAAUGCAGAACGUGAACUGUGACCAUUAGAGCUGAAGGGCUGGAGCUGUUAGCAGGAAUUGCGUAAAGUGUCCAAAGUGUCCUGCCCACUGUGUAACUGUUUUGUUGUUUCAGGAUGUUUCAGGAGCAGGUCCUAGGUGCCAGUAGAGAAGACGCGGGCUGUGUUUGAAUGUAUUAGAUACAUCCUGCUGUCCCAGAGCUCAGCAGGAUAUUUGAGCCUGAAUUAAAGCUGAAAAGCGGAAGAGUUGAGAGGAUAUUUGCCAGCACUGAAACAUAGAGAGGUUCUUUCUGUCAAUUUCUGGGGGUGAAGCAGUAGGAGGGGAGGUUGGCACCACGUUGUGACAGGUGACAGCUUUGCUGUGCUGUUCUGGGAUGUUGCGAGAAGGUGUGUGGCAGGUGUGAAAGCUCCCGGAGUGCAGGCUCUGCCCGUCCCCAGGAGGCACUGCAGAACCAGUGCAGAUGGCUGCGUUAGCCUUGCUGGCUGGGGGCAUGCUGUCAGAUGUGAACACAGACCGUGUGCUGGCGGAGCUCGGGUCUGCGCUUCACGAGGAGGGAUCUGCGAGCUCCAGGAGAAACACUGUGUUGGAGCGGUAGGUGCUGCCGCUGUCAUCUGGCAGGGACUGUCUCUGAUGAGAUGAUCUGUGUUGGGAUAAUGCAAAAGCAGGACCUGGUGGCUCGAGGAGAGGAAGCAAUGUCAGCUCUACACCGCUGUAUGUUCAGAUCUCUGCAGCAGUGGGCCAGUAAUCUACUCAUUCUCUCACCAGCUCAGAAUACCAGUUGCCUGACCUAGUAAUCUCUGUGGACAUUGGCUGAAGGGAUGAGCUCCCCUGGGAAGCCACAACUCCCCUGUUUCAGCCCCUCCCUAGCACCUGGCUGGAUUUCAGUGCUUUGUAAAAGGGGUCAGCAUCUGAUCCCCAGCUUGGAGAGGAAAACCAUGGCACAGAGAGGAGAGAGGAGGUUCAUGAGGAAGUGAGAGAGCAGGGAAUGGGGUGUCCCAUGGCACAAGAGGGAUUCUCCCCCUUCAUCCAGGUAGAGCAAGGCGGAGGUUUCCCUUGCUGGGUGAUUGCAGGCUCUGAAUCACGCACUCAGGUUCUGUGUGGUUUUACUGUGCGUAUCUGAGUUGCUGUUGGUGAUCAUAACUUGCAGUGUUUGAGACUGACCUGUGAAUGCCGCUCGUUGGCUGCAGAGGAGGAAAUAUUUUCUUCUGCUUCUGUGUUUUAAAAUGCCCUGGCACAGAGUUCCCUGUCCUGACGUGAUGCUGGAUGAACAGGGAUCCUCCAUCACUGUUAACUGGCCAAAAAUUGCUUUGUCCCUUUUGUUCCCGCUCCUUCAGACCUUUCUCAUUCCCACGCUCUCAAAUGCCAGGUCUUGCAGUCUUGCACUGGAGUUUCUCUUUUUGGCUGUUUCCUGAGGAGGGCUCUGAACUCCUGCCUGCGCUAUUGCUGUCUGACAGCAGCUUCCCUUGUUCCCAGCCCCUUAUAAGGGCACCAAGACCUGUCUCUGCAACCGCCUCGAGUGGCGCAGACAUCCCAGCUGAGCGCCAGGCCUCUGGUGGGAAAACAACCUGUGCAUCAAGGUCUUUUCCAACCUAAAUGAUUCUGUGAUUCUGUGAUCAACAAGGCUGAGUUUGGGUUGAGGUUGCUUUUCCUCCAGCCUGAGUGGGAAGCUGAGCACCUGAGGCCAGCUUACCAGGCCACAUCUCUCCUCUUGUGUUUCUUCCCCCAGCUGCACGGCUGCCUGCCUUCCCACUCUGUCACCUCAUGUCUUUCACGGCUUGGGUCUUUGCCAGUCAAGGACUUGGCUUGUACUGUCGCUUAGUGUGUCCAGCAAAACAUACUGCCUUAGCACUACCAUGCCUUUCCCAGCACCGAGCGGAGUUCUGCGAAGGCUUGCUGGCAACGGCUCGCCCAGUGUCCUUCCCAGGCCACCAGCUAAAGGUUUUCUGCUCCACAGGGAGAGACAAGCGUUAGAAACGCUUCUGUGUCACUGAGGCUCUUGCCAGGGAAGUGAGCACCCUGUAACUCUGUGCUCAAGGGCUUGCCUGUCCUCAGUCCAGUUCCUGUCAGCUCUUCUGCACGCCUCUAACAGACCACAGGGCCCCUGAGCUACUGGACAGUGCUGGCGCUCAAUUCUCUGCCCUCCUGAUUUCUCCACUUCUCCCUCCCAGGUGAUUUGGGAACUUGGCUGGAAGGAUUGCAGCUUGUUAUUCACAGAGGGGCUUUACAGCCCCUGAUGUCAAUGUCGGCAACUGCUGCCUGUCAUCCAGUGCUGGCAGACAGGGUGCCUGCAGCCUGGUGGUGGUUUUCUCCACCAUCGUUCACCUCGUCGCCGGGUGCAGGUGCUCCUGGUGUCCUGGGCUUUUGACACUCAUGGGCAGGAGGCUAUAGAAAGGGCUGUGCUGUGGACGCUGCUGUCUGGUGUUUGGGGAAGAUGAAGGGCUUGAUCAAACCAGACCUGCCUAAGACCUAAUGUAACCAGAGAUCUCCCUCUAGAUGUUGCUUCCACCCCAUGUUAUCCUGUGACAGCAGAGUAAUACUUGCCUCCCAAGGAUCUGUACAGCAGUAACUGGCAGGGCACACAGAAAUGCGUUGCCUGGAGUGCUGCGGUCUCUGUUGAGCGUGCUGUAUGCAGGUUGUUCAGACCUGUUUCUGUAUUAGUCACUUUGAAUUCAUCCAAGUGCCUAACCUGGCCUAUGCUGUUCCUGGGCACCGUGACAGCUGAGCGCUUUGGAGACUCUCUUAGGAAUGCUUUUACUGCAUGGAUCUCUGCCACUGUCGCUUCUCAAAAUUUUUCAGCCAGUGGUCAAAGGGCUGUUCUUCCAACUGAUUUUAUGGAAAUAAUUUCUCCUUUUAUUCAGCUGCCAAGAAGCAAGAGUUUAUGCUUUGCCUCCACCAGACAAGGUCUUUGAGCUUCCUGUGUGCUUCAGAUGUCCGUCAGUGAGGUCCAUGGGGAGAGCAGCUUGUCCGGCAGGCAGCUGAAGGGGAAGGUGACAUCAGAUACCAGUUGAAAUCACAUUGUUAAUUGGUGGAAGUGUUUUGAAGCUCAUGUCCACUGUGAUCAGAUUUCACCAUCUGCCACUACUUUUAGUUGGAGAAGUUCCUGCUUGGCCUCUUCCUGAUGAACCGUGUAGCGUGGUGCUGCUGCUUCCAAACUGCAUCCCCUCGCAAAGCCAGCUGCCAUAGCGAUCCUUGUACAGAAUUUCUUAAGCACUUUUCUGCAAAAUAAGAAGGGAUUAUUUUGUUACUCCCGUUUUGUAGCCCACUGGUGGUUAUUUCAGUGUGAGGAGGAGGUGCGCUCCCUGCAGCAUUGUGACCACUCAGCUGGCUGGAUUCUUCUCAGACCAGGGCAUCACCCACCUGCCUGCUGCACUCAAGCUCACAGCGCUGGGGGGCAGUGGGCUGAGACCCCUCAUUGCCUGGUGUUUCCUCACACAGAGUUCAGCGAGUCACCAGCUAAGAGCAUCGCAGGGAAGUCAGGAGCAGAGCAGCACAGGUAGGUGAUGCAGCACAUGCGGCUCUGCAGCCCUGCUCUGCAGCUGCCCCUGUUGCACUGUGCGUCCUCCAGCCCUUCCUCAUACACCAGCAGCAUUUCUCCAGUGGUGGAGCUGGUGGAAGUCCCCUGGCUCCAGCUGUGGCAGGAGGGGCUGGGGGGCUUUGGGUUUUGGGCUUGAGCACAGAAUUUGAGCUCUUUCAGUUGUGACUUGUGCUGUGUUUGCAGCCAGACCUUGCCAGCAUGUGUGUGUGAGUGCAGCCACUCCAGCUGUUCUUCCCCCUUGGGUCCAAGUUCCCUGUCCUGCCUGGGAGCUGGGCCUUUGGCCACGGCACAAGGGACACGUGGGACAGAGAGCAGGUUUGUCUCUCAGCUGCAGCUGGACGGUGUGACACGAGCUGGGCAGUUUCCUGGGCAGGAGGGCAGGUUUAGGUGGGAGGAUCCUUGUUCCAGUCAUGGUUGGCAAGGUUGGUGCUGGGCUCUGUGGAGCACAUGCCACUCAAGCGGGUUUGUUGGUUUGUGUGGGAGUGACAGGUUUUGUUUCAGUCUUCAAAAUGGCACUGGCCCGUUUGCUCCUGUGGUCAGGUAGGGACAGCUUUCCAGGAACCAAGGUGGCUUGAGGAGAGGACAGCUGUUCCGGGGCACCUCGCACCUUCUUGAUGGUGCUGCAGCCCUUGGCUUUGUGAGCUGGGUGGGCUAGCACCAGCCGUGGAGAGGGCAGCAGGGCAGCUUGCUCCAGGCCUUGUGGUAGGCCUUUGUACUAAAGAGCACCACACCUGGGUUUCCUUCUUCUCACAGCCUGUUCCUGCUGGGAGCUGGGUGCUGUUAGGAAGGUGCCAGGUGCCUCGCUGGCUGGUGGAGCAGAGAUCUUGUCCCAGAAGGCAGGAGAGCCAGCCCUCAUCACGAGGUCAGCCCCGAGUGUUGAGUGAACUGUGUCUGUAGGUGUGACACCGCUAGCACUCGCAGCUUGGCCAGCUGCUGCCUCCAAAGCCGUGGUGCUGAGUUUGCUUAGGAAGGCUGAGGAGGUCUGCUGAUGAAGCGAGAAGCUGGGAUUUGGGGAAACCAAAGACGCCAGCAGUGCCUGGCCAGCCAGCUUCUGCUUCUGCUGCAGGAGAUCUACAAACAGAGGAGCCGGGUCUGUGGCAUACCAUAGCACUGCCUCCACUCUGUCCCCUGGGCCACAGCACUGCCUCCACUCUGUCCCCUGGGCCAUAGCACUGCCUCCACUCUGUUCCCGCCCAGCUGACGGAGCCUGUCCUGCCCUGUCUGGCAGCACUACACAGGCACUGGUGCGGCAGGCUCUGGGGCACAGGUGAGGGAUGCCCUGUUAGAGCGGGUGCCCCUCCUAACCCUAACCCUCCAUCCUUCAUCAGUUGCACAAACCGGCCUUGUUUGGGUGGCCAUGGGGAAGGUCAGCUGCUCCCUGGCUUGCAGAGCCCCCCCAUGCAUGCCAAGUUGUACCCCUGGAUGCCCUCGCAGGGCAGGUAGCACUUCCUAUGUGAGCAUCUGAAAUACCUUCCCCUGUGGGACUGAGGCUUUGCCCCAGGGAGUCCCUUAAAGGCCUUAUUAUCAUCUGGGACUCUCUCCUUGUUGUCUUAAUUAGCCCUUUCUGUUCCUGUUGCUACAGGCAGCCUCUGUGAGAGUCUGGUGAUUCCCACAGACAGUCAGGCACACAGUGCUGUUGUAAAAGAGAAGGUGCUGCAAAGCUGCCCCCAGAAAUACCUCCCCUCCUGCCCCUGCUCCGCCACACUGCCCAGGCCUGGGACGGGACACGACGAGUGUCAGUGUCUGCAUUUGUGGUGGGGAAGGCACGGCCGUGUGCUCUUCCUGCCUCCUGGUGCAGAACUCCUGAGGAGCAGCAUUUCCCGAGCAGAGGCACAGCGGGCACUCUGAGCGACGGGGGGGGGGUUCUGGGUGGGCACUGACCGACCUCUGCCAACCAUCGUCUCUAGGAGAGCCCGUCUCCACGCUGCAGCGUGACUGACCUGCUCCAACUGGGACCGGUGCUGCCGGUUCAGCCGUGGGCAUCCCCUGGUGUUUGGGGAUGCGGAGCGACAGCUGGGGAGCAGCGACUGCAGCCCGCGGGAGGGCGAGUAACAAACUUUUGUAUGGUGAAUUUACAACAACUGACCAUCUUGUUCUUGAGUGAACUUUUUACUGUUUCAUUUGUUUGUGUAGAAUGUUUCUGAAGUUAUAUUAAUAUUUAAUGUUGAAUAUGAGGCUGGGCUGCUCCACACUCAGUGUUGUAUAUUUUGGAAUGGCAUUGUUUAGUGAAAAGACAGCAUUAGUAUUAUUCCAGUCUUCAUAGGGAAGGGGAUAAAAACCAGACUGUCUUUUUUUUCUUAAAUGAAGUGAACUUUUUGUUAUGAAGUCCUAGCAGGUGUCCAGCCCUUCAGUAAAAUGGUGCUCAGAACCA